GCUGGCUUUGGCCCCGGAUGAGGAAGUGCGGAGGGGAGGGGGGGAGGGCACUGUAGGAGCGGUGGAGGCUGGAGCGCCCUCGGGCCUCGGCUCCAGAAGAUCUGGUAGAGUUGGCGGCGGCGGGGACUGCGGGGACGGAGGCAGCCGAGGCCAAGGUGGCGGGAUGAGCACGGUCCGAGGAGGAGGCCGCAGGGGAGCCGAAGGGCACCGAAGCAGCGUUGUAAGUGACAAACACCCACAGACAUCCAGGAGGUCAGGCUCCACGUCGCUGAGAGAAAACAGCUUAUCAGAGUCCUGGUUCCAGGGGAAGAGGCUCCCAUUCAACCUCCAUCUGCAGGGGACCCCCAACUUCUCUCCUUGGAGAGGACGACGCCCCUAGUUGAAGAGGCCUCUUCUCCAAAUUCCCUCAUGGAAGAAUUGGCUACAGUGUCUGAAUGUCCCUUAUGGAGGGACUGGCUGCAGAAUCUGAACUUUUGGAAAAGAAAGCCCUUUUCUCAAGGUGAAAGGAGUGCUGGGAACUUCUCAGGGCCUGAUCAUUCUUGGUAAACCAUUGAUGCAAAAGACUUGACUCCAUAAUCUGCAUCUGCCCUAAUGCUGUCAUCUGGAGUAGAGACUCAGCCAGUUCCACUUGGUUCCUCCAUGUCUGCUGUGGUACAGGAGUUGUACUCUGGACUCUCAGUAAGUGUCUCCAAAGAGCUUCAUGCUGAGCAGGAGCCGAGUAUGACUCCAGAUCUAAAGCCUGGAGCCUCAAGCUCUCCCAUAAGUCAUGGCAGAGCAUCACCCCAGGGCUUGCAGAGGACUCAUGCAGAAGGUUGUUGUGAAGAAAGCUCUGAAACCGUGGAUUAUGGGGGCAAGACUGGGUGGUGUGGACUAGUGGACCCUACAAGAGGGCCUAUGGCUUAUGAGGUCUUGGAUAGGGAAGAGAGACCCAAAAGCAUGGAGCCAAAGGUCUUCAGAGAUCAAGGAGAUCAGGCGCAAGUUUUCAGAGGCCCAUGUGAGGGAGCAAAGGAAGACCCGUGCCAACAUUCCACAACUACUAAGGAAAAGAUCUGCCCCAGUCAGGAUCUCCUCCUGAUACAGUCCAGCAAAGGACCUGUAUGUGCAGACCGCCCUGGAGAUGCACGAAAGAACAGAGGAAAUGUACACAAUACAGCUGGAACUCUGCCAGAACCCACUGAAGAGAGACGAGGGAACAGUACUGUUUCCAAAAUGAGCAAAGGGAAGGAAGAGUCAUGUGACUUACACCCUGUCUAUAAAGAAGAGGACAAUCACCAGCAGAGUCUCCGCCACCAUAAGGAAAAGCACAGUUCUGCACAUGAUGGUUCCAUCGCUCCAGGAAGCAUAGACGCUAUAACACCCUCGGAAGAAAAUUCUAAAAUUUUAUGUCUCACACCAUAUUUGUCUGGUUCAAAAUCCUUAGAAAAAUGUGGUUUUGAAAGCAGUGGAUUGACAAAGGCAUCUGCUGAAAAAACGCACGAGGUUGAUCAAAGCCAGGACUUCACUUGUAGAGAAGAAAGGACUGUGGAAUCCAGUAACCACAGCAACUGUCACACUCUAGCUGGCUGUCCCUGUAUAGACAGCUGUAGUUCUAUGCUUAAUUCUCCUACUGAAGCCACAGAAAUUACGUUUAAAAAGAAUGAUGUGAAAAUUACUUUAAACCUUGAUGGUAAUUUGAUAAAUUCUGAGGACCAUAGGAAAACUGUUGUGGAUGUGACCCAUCCUGAGGAAAACUCUGAGGAAAGCAGCUUUUCCUUAUUGGUGCACACGGAAGAUCCUGAACAAACAACGGUAAAGUCCAGUGCCCUGAACGGGAAGAUUUACAGUAAGGUUGCUCAGUCUGUAGUCAGCCUCCAGAGGAAGCUGGGCGACUGUCCGCCAAAUGAAGCCUUGUGCAACGAGUUUUUGCCUGAAAGAAAGCCCCUUCAGAGCUCGAUGCCAGAAGAUCCAGUAAGUUCUGAACAUAAUGAAAUAUCAAAAUCCAAGGAAGGUACUGCAAAAUUACCAUCAUCUCCAGAAAAACCUGUUCAGCCCUCACAGGACAGCAUUUCCCAUUUUGAUGGACCCAUCACCGUUUGUGAGAUAAGUGAAUGUUCUCCUAACGGAAAACUGGUUGCACACAAAAUAGAACAUGAAUGUGUUUCACAUCAACAAGUGUCCCUUAGUUCUCAAGACCAUGUGACAGCUGACUCUCUACUAAGUAUAAACAGAGAAAUGCCUUCAGCAGCAUGCAAAGAUGUUCAAGAGAGCCGUCGUUUUCUGGAGAAUGGAGUAAAUGUUACCCCUGACACUCAAACCAUUCCUGCUGAGACAAAAACGGAAGCCAUGUCUCCACAAGGUGACAAAGCCUGUGGUGCCUCCUCAUUCAUACAAACCUUAAACAUCAAAACAAGCAGCUCAGAAGGGCAAAAAGAAAUGACUGGUGUACAUUCCACGUUUCUCUCAAGUGUGAGGGGAGCGGCUGGCUCCUCCCUUGUCAGAGAAUGUCAAAAUGUUCAGUCUCGGGAUCUCUUCAGCUGUCAUUGCAUAACACAAGAUGCAUCUGAAGAGAACAUGUGCUCUGCUUGUGCUGCCUAUGAACCUAGCAAAGAUAUUCUGAAAGUUAGCAACUGUAAAAUAAAAUGUGGAAAUGCAUCUCAAAGACCAGAAGAUUUUGCAGAAAAUAGCACCCUCUUGGAGAGUGAACCUGCUGGGAGAGAGAUGCAAAGCAGCAUCCUAGGAGGCACAGUCAGAGGUUCAGUGACAGCAGCUGUGUCACAUAGUGCUCCUCUGAACGCAGCUGCUCACGUGGAAACCGGUGAUGAGGGACUGGUUGGAAAAAAACAAGACCAACACAGAGACACUGAGAUUUAUAAACACAGCAUCUCUGCUGGUGACACACAAGAACUAAGCCAAUCUGUAAACAUUCCAAGUCCUGAAACAGUAGUGGACCAGUCUCUGAGUGUUAUUUCAUCGCAUUUCAAAGCCAUGCCCCGAGCAGCUGGAAGUCUUCACCAGAAAGCAGGUGAAGUCUCUGACUGUCAGAGUAGCCAAAAUAGUCUAGACAAAUGCAGAUGUGAAGGCAAGCCAGCCAGGGAAGGACUAAAUGGUGACUACCGAGAGACCCUCCCUGAGGUAAGCCAUAAGCAAAAGGAUCGGAUAGUCUGUUCAGGCAGUAAAGUCCCUCUGUCUUGUGGCAGUUUAAAGCAAAAAGACCCCAAAAGAGCCUUUAAAAAUAUUCCUGGUUCUGAAGAGUUCACACACAGUAUGCUAGAUGUGGUAUGUCCAGACUGCAGAGGUGAGCCUACAGAGGGAGUGCAGGGUCUAGAAGCAUCUAGUCUAUCUGGUCAUUGUACAAGGCACGAGUCACUGGCACACCAUGAGACUUUAAGAAGUACCUCAUCUCUUCGAGGAGAACUGAAUGUUGUAUUUAUAGGUACACCUGGCUGGCACUCAGAACUCCCAAAUGCUGCUGCUUCUACAGUAGACUCUCCUGAGAUGGAAAAAUCACAUGAAGAAAAAGUAUGCAAAUCUCUAAAAGACUAUGAAGUAGAAGAAUGUCCAGACUCUGCCAUUGAUCAUGAAGUAAAAUCUAUUGAAGAUCAUGAGCCACAGAGAAGAGCGCCGGAGAGAGAAGGUGUGUCUUUAAAUGACAUUCAUUGUGAGCAUCAAGGUAAAGGAGGAUCCAUGACAGAGGGACUGAGACUUGAAACAAAUUCUGAGUUUGGCAAGAAGAAAACCUUUGGAUUAUCCUUAAAAGACUCAGUGUCUCCUGGGUGCCAAGACUCUAUCAAGGUGGUACAUUCUCGUCUGUCUUCUCUGGAACAUUCACCAGCUGAUGUUCCUGGUGAAAUGCCUAACUUGAAACAUCACUUUAAACCCAAAGAUGGUAAAGUGCUUUGUGAAAAUGUCAAGGAUUGCACAGUCCUGUCUGACAUGAAGGAAGGAAUACCAAUGGAUUCAAAUAACCCCUGUGAACGAGAUAGCACAUACGUCAGUGUGGACAGCAAUGCGUGCAAAGCUUGUCACUCUCAUAGGAAUUCCACUGAUAAACAUUUGCCUUUGACAAUGGAAACAGCAAUUAAAGUGAAUAAAGAAGAAACUGAAGAACAUCAGAAGGGACUACUGGGUCACAUAGCUGUUGGGGAAGCAGCUGAGGAGACCAUCACCAGAGCAGGUCAUGAUGGUAAUUCUCAGACCCACGUGAAAUGCCAGAGAGUGCAAAAUGUUGCUGAAACCCCACAAAACCAGGGAGUUGUGGACUCUGCCUUGCCAAAGGAAGAGUGUGCACAUCAGAAGGGCACACAGGCACUAUCGGAACAGCACAUAUCAGCAAACUUGCUGUCAGAUGAGAUGCGAAGUAAGAAGCAACCUGUGGCUGACCAGGAUGAGUCCCUUAUGAUGGGAGAAGUCACCCUAAGAAAGCCAACCAAGGACAAAAUUGCUAGACAGCUUCAGAGGUUGAAAUCCCCAAAAGAAGAAAGCUUAUGUCCUUCAUUAAAGAAAGACACUCAAUUAUACACAGGUACUUGCCUUCCUGGUACCUCCUGGAAAGAAGGUGACCCCACUUUUGCUGGAGGUGAUCGAAUACACGGUGCCUUCGUGACUCUGUCGUAUCCGCAAAGACUGCUUCCUGUAAAGAAGCAGCCUCAUCGAACGUGUAAGAGAAUUUCUUGUCAGGAGCCGGUCACUGUGCGGAGAAAAAUAAGUAAAGUGAGAAAUUCUGAUUGUGGAAAGAAUUUCUCUAGCCCAGUUCCCACAAAAGCACACAGACUUCUCAGCCCAUGUACCGUGCCUGCCAAGCCAUUGGAACCUGAAACCGUAGCUCUCGAGAGUUUGCGUGGCCACACACCAAAGCCGAAGGCUACUCUGUGCCACUCCCUGAGGAGCCUGAGCUGUAGGAAGCCUACCAAAGAAUCAGCCUUACUAGACAAGCUGUCUGUCCUGGCCUCCAAACUGACUCUGGCCGCAAAGCCCCAGAGACUCAGAUGUCGGCGGUAUUCCUCUUCCCUUGUUCCACUGGCUAAAAACUACAAGCGCCUCCGAUAUAAAAAGCUCCUAGAUGGAUUUUCACAUAACGCAGUGCAGCUGGACCCAUAUUUGGCAGCUACUGGGUGGAGUAGGGGGUCUCACAGUAGGCCCUUGGCACUUUAUUCUCUUGAAGCUGUUAAAAUAAGCUUCAUAGAUUUGAGCAACAAGAUGCCGUCACUGCUGCUUGGUACCGAAAACACCCCGUUUUCCUUUCAUGUGAAGUCAGCAUCCAGUUGCAUGGCCGAGUCCUCCAGGACUUUUCCUGAGCACUGUGCCCCGUCGAGGCUUGCCUUAACAGAGGCCUCCCCGUGCUCACCUCCAUCUCCCAAGUGGACCUUCUCUUUCUUCUUGUCCCACGGUUGCCCUGGGGUGGCCACAUUCAGGGAAGACACUGGCCUCAGUAGUCAGACACACACUCAGGCUCCUCUCCGAGAUUAUGGAGGCACUGCCAUAGUUCAGACCAGAGCAGACUGCUCUGGCCUUGGCCUUCACACACUUCUAGCACUUUGUUCACCCGGAUGUUAUCGAAUCUGGACAAAAAGACGGAACUUCUCCAGUCACAUGCCUACCAUGCAGAGGCUCCUCUUGACCCAGUUUACACAGGGCCUAAAAGGGUUAAGGUCUCCAGCCUCUAUAGCCGAUAAGGUCUUCUCUUCUCUGCCCUACUCGGUGGGCCGAGUGCUGUCCAUUUGGAGCCAGCACGGACCCUCUUGUACCUUCAAAUUGCCAGCUCUUCAUUCUCCUCAUAGCAAGCAGCAGGGGAGCCUGAGCGCCCUGAGCAGCCACACCACCAUACCAAAUGUGCCUCUUCCAGGCAUGGAGGCUGCCCACAACACCAACAGCAGUCACCUGAGGCUAGAGCCUGUGUUUCCUGCCUUGGUGCCAAAGUCUUGCUUGGUAACAGAACCCUCUGUCAGCACGCUCCUGCUCUCGGCCUCGGAGCUCCAGGUUCCUGCGUUUGAUGAGUUGGAUGGUGUGUCAGCAGCUUGCCCCCGACCACAGAGCAGCCCGGCACAGCAGGAGGAGGCCGAGCCAGAGAAGAGACCAAAGAAAGUCUCACAGAUCCGCAUCCGGAAAACCAUUCCUAAACCAGAUCCCAACCUUACCCCGAUGGGUCUGCCUCGGCCCAAAAGGUUAAAGAAGAAGGAGUUUAGUUUAGAGGAAAUAUAUACAAACAAGAAUUACAAGUCUCCUCCUGCGAGCAGGUGUUUAGAGACCAUCUUUGAGGAACCCAAAGAACGAAAUGGUACCCUGAUCUCCAUCAGCCAGCAGAAAAGAAAGCGUGUUCUGGAAUUCCCGGAUUUUACAGUCCCUCGAAAGAGACGAGCUCGAGGUAAGGUGAAGCUGGCCGGCAGCUUCACCAGGGCCCAGAAGGCAGCGCUGCAGACUCGAGAGCUGGACGCUCUUCUGAUUCAGAAGCUGAUGGACCUGGAGACUUUCUUUGCCAAGGAGGAGGAGCAGGAGCAUCAGCCAGCUGCUGAGAACAGUUCGGGGUCUCUACUUUGAACUUUUGCAGUUCUCCCUGGAAGAGGUUCCCUGAUUUUAGCCCUGUGCCCAAACCACUCACGAUGCCCAGCCCAUGAAUUUUUACUUAUUUCAAGGUGCAGCCUUUUUAGAAGCUGGUGAAGAAGGGCCCUCUAAUUCUACUGCUGAGUAUAGAGCCUCAGGAAUGCUCCCUUUCCCUGGGAAUGGUCCUGACUGACAUCAGGCACCUCCUGCCCAUCUCCCACACAGGUGGAAAAGCCACACAUCUUAAGCAACACUAGGAAUCUAAGGACUCGGUGUCUGUGCGUCCACAUGAAAGUUCCUCUCCGUUUAUGGUGCUGCUUGCCCAAGAUGACUUAGAAACCUGGCCUGGGGGACCUGGCUACCUGGCCUGUGUGUUCUCGCCAGCUUGUUCUGGUGAUUGAGAAAGAUGAACUGGUGUGUCUCCUCACUCUGAUUCUGCCUGCCCAGGACCUUUAUUCUGAGAGAAUGUGUGUUUGCGUGUUUGUGGCUUUCCCCCGUCUUUUCCCCUCUGUGACUGUGGGUCACUGGUGCCAGAGGAGCCCGUCCAGGCCCCGACGUAAGCUGCACUUUUUAAUGUUAUGGUGUUGAUUAUUUUCAGUUUUUCUUUUUUGUUUUUGUAUUAUUGCUGCAUGUUUGGGGUCUCUAAAUGUGAUUUUAAACCAUUUUGUAAGACAUUGAGGAGAAAGACAACACAUGUCUUAGGAGAAUCUGUGACAGGCAUUGAUCAGCACAGGAGGGGCAGUGUUCCAUUCAUGUGUUUCAGGCAGCCCCUCCCCCUCCGGCUUUCAUGUAGCUCACUAGAGGAAGCACUUUUUCACCCCCCCAGUCCUGCCCACUGAACUCGCAGAUCUGUUGAGUGACAUGCAUAGAAGCAGAUUUCUCUCAUAACCACUAAAAACUAUAAGGUGGAGUGUGGUUUUCUCUGAAAUGUUGGUAUAUGAUGAAGUUAGGAUCAGUGGUGUUAGAGGCUGGCCAAGAGCAUUUUUAGCUGCUUGAGUGCCUGGUUCUGCAAAAUCCUAGAGCCAGCGCUCUCUGAGAGUGCCUCAUGUACUCUAGUCCUUUGUCAAACUUAUUGGAAAUCUUUGCAUGCUAGAAGAAGCAUGCUUUCUGGUUUGUGCCCAGAGGAGUCUGCAGGCAGUAGGCUGCUGUAGUCUGAGCACAGGCCCUCAGAGCUCACCCUCCCACUGUCCUCACCGUGCUCCCUCCCCUCCUCGUGUUUUCUCAUCCCAGUGUAUCUCCCAUUCACUCUUCACACCUAGCACUCAGAGUUCAGAGUCCAGAUUGCUUGGCUGAUGGGUAAGACGCUCAAGCUAGCUGUGAACAGCGGCCAUUUCUUCCCAUUCUCCUGGCCUGGUCCAGGGACAUUUCCUGUCUGUCUGGAGAGAAGUGAGCAGUGCUGUCCGGGAAUGUUAGCCAGUGCUCCUAGGAUUCGUUCAUUCCCCAUCUGUCAGUGGCCAGGGAGGAGGGGUGCCAGUU